CGAUUCAGUCCUCCCUUCUUCUUCCUCACCCAUUUCUCAAUCCACUCUCUUCUCAGAUUCCGACAAUCUCCCCAAUCCAUGGCGGUCACCAACGGAUCCAGCACCAAUGGCCUCAUCGUCAGUUUCGGCGAGAUGCUGAUCGACUUCGUCCCCACCGCCUCCGGCGUCUCUCUCGCCGAGGCGCCUGGUUUUCUCAAGGCUCCCGGCGGCGCUCCGGCCAACGUCGCCAUCGCCGUCGCCAGGCUCGGCGGAAAAUCCGCGUUCAUCGGAAAACUCGGUGACGACGAGUUCGGCCGCAUGCUCGCCGGGAUCUUAACGGAGAACGGCGUCUCCGCCGACGGCGUUAACUUCGAUAAAGGCGCCCGGACGGCGCUCGCGUUCGUGACCCUACGCGCCGACGGCGAGCGUGAGUUCAUGUUCUACCGCAACCCCAGCGCCGACAUGCUCCUCACCCCCGACGAGCUCAACCUCGAACUCAUCAGAUCUGCGAAAGUGUUCCAUUACGGAUCGAUAAGUUUGAUAGUGGAGCCGUGUAGAUCGGCCCACUUGAAGGCGAUGGAAGUGGCGAAGGAAGCCGGGGCGUUGCUGUCGUAUGACCCCAACCUGCGGCUUCCUCUCUGGCCGUCAGCCGAGUACGCCAAGGAGCAAAUCAUGAGCAUAUGGGAAAAGGCUGAUGUCAUAAAGGUGAGCGACGAAGAGUUGGUAUUCCUGACGGGAAGCAGCAAGGUCGAUGACGAGGAUGCUAUGUCCUUGUGGCACGACAAGCUGAAGCUCUUAUUGGUCACUCUCGGAGCAAAGGGCUGCCGGUAUUAUACUAAGCACUUCCGUGGAACGGUGGGUGGCUAUCAUGUCGAAACGGUUGAUACAACUGGCGCCGGCGACUCUUUUGUCGGCGCUCUUCUUGGAAAGAUCGUCGACGACCAUUCCAUCCUCGAGGACGAGGCCCGGUUGAAGGCGGUGUUGGAAUAUGCGUGCGCGUGCGGAGCCAUAACGACGACGAAGAAAGGGGCGAUCCCGGCCCUCCCGACGCACUCCCAAGUCGCGGCCCUUCUCGACGCCCCGAAAUGAACAUUUAUCAUAUAUACAUACCUUAAUUUUUCUUUGCUUUGUUUGAUAAUUUCGAAGGUUUUGACGUUGAGGUGCAUAUUUAUGUGCACUUUUGUUGCCCGAAGAUCUUAUUUUCUAUAAGUUGGGUUGGGUUGGGUUGGGAGUAAUAAAUCAAUCAAAGAUGAACUUGCCUCUCUAUUUGGGCAUAUA